CUACUUCUGACUUACACUUUUUCCUCCUAAGGUUUGUCUUUGGAAAACAAAAGCUCUGACUUGGGUUUCAGAAUAAGGCCAGAAAAAAAGAAAGCUGCAAAGCAACCCUCUGAAGCAGCACCAGAACCGACCGCCUGGAGAGGAGCCAGAGAGCCGCAGGCAGAUGCUCCCAGUGGGGACCCUGGAAGGGAGCAGCCAUGGCGAUCAACUGCCCCACUGCCGUCUUCAACGAGAAUUAACCAGUGUCACCCGGACGGAGAGCAGGACCUAGGAACCCGUGUGUUUGCAGGUCACAUCUCCACCCGGACUCCUAUUUUUGCUCUCCGGGAAGUAGGGACAGUGGUCUAACCUGCACCGGCCGGAAGUGCCUUUCUCAAGUCUCGGGCUGUGGCGUCUACCCGAGAAGCUGGCGAGUGUCAGGGCCACCAGUGCGGCUGGGCAGUGAGUAGCAGCAGCAUGCUUCUGAUUCGGCCCCUCCACUUAGCUCUAAGAAUACAUUAAUCCCAGCUGCCUGACGUCUUUCUGAACAAGAUUUACCAGGGCCCAGGAUGUUUCACUUCAUCCAGAGGCUUUCUCAAGCAUCUCCGAAGAUGCUUAAGUACACUUUUACAUUGGGAGUAGGAACCAGCAGGAAAAUAGAAAAACUUGCCCUGGAGUCAUCUCUGCAGCAGAACUUUUCCUCUUUGUUUUCAAGGUCUUGGUGUGUCUCCUCAUCAUUUCCAGUGUAUAUUAACAAGACACACUGUUAUCAUACAUCCCCUUGCAGCUUUAAGAAGGAGAAGCAAGCAGUACUCUCCCCCAGGCCACCAAGCACUAUCGCUUACCUGACUGACAGCCCCAAACCAGCCUUAUACAUAACUCUGGCAGGACUAAUCCCCUUUGUUGCUCCCCCACUGGUCAUGGUGAUGACAAAGACUUAUAUUCCCAUAUUAGCUUUAACACAGAUGGCUUAUGGAGCCAGUUUCCUAUCUUUCUUGGGAGGGGUCAGAUGGGGUUUUGCUCUGCCACAAGACAGUCCAGCCAAACCAGACUUCUUGAAUUUAGCUAAUAGUAUGGGUCCUGUUGUGUUUUCCUGGUUGGCCUUCCUUACUUUUGAAAGGCUCAAUGUAGCCAUAGUCACUGUCAUGAUAGGUUUGGGCAUGGCAUUACACGCUGAACUCUUUCUCCUGCCACAUUAUCCCAAGUGGUUCAGAGCCCUGAGGUUACUGGCUACUUUAGUGGCUUUUUUAUCAUUUUUAAUAACUUUAGUAGUUGAAAAUAUUUAUCCAGAGAAGGGACCCAAGAGAGCUGGUUAAAUAGAAGAAAUAUAAAACUACUUUGUUGAUAACGUUAGUGUAUUGUCUAUAAGCCUUAUAAAGUUGUAUUUUGGCAUCA